UGAUUGGCUGAAAGUUGCCGUGGGAACCCGAGUCGGGGAAGUUUCACACGAGCCGUUCGCGUGCAGUCGGCGAUAUAAAUAAGACGCACACGACCGCGCCGGCGGACAGACUGCGCAUCCGCCCGCACGCCCGACGCACCGCUCCUCUCUCUCUGCGCCCGCCCGGCCGGGAGCGACCGCAGCCCGGCCAAGGAUUCUAACUGACCCCGCCAGGACGCCCCCCCUUCUCCGCCCCCCCCCCUACUGGACUGUAACGGUCUCUCUCGCCGGGUGAAAGGUUACAAGAAGUGCCGUUUUCGCGUCGGUUGUCGCGCGUCGGUGGUGGACCGUAUUCGGCCGCGCUGCGUGGGAUCACUGCGGACGGAAGAUGCCCGCCGAUCUGAUGGAGAAAAACUCCUCGUCGCCGGUGGCCGCGACCCCCGCCAGCAUGAACAGCACCCCGGACAAGCCCAAGACGGCGUCCGAGCACAGAAAGUCGUCCAAACCCAUCAUGGAAAAGAGGAGGCGAGCCAGGAUCAACGAGAGCCUGGGACAGCUGAAAACCCUCAUCCUGGACGCGCUGAAGAAGGAUAGCUCGAGACACUCCAAGCUGGAGAAGGCGGACAUCCUGGAGAUGACGGUGAAACAUCUGCGGAACCUGCAGAGGGCUCAGAUGACCGCUGCCCUCAACACCGACCCCACCGUGCUGGGCAAGUACCGCGCCGGCUUCAGCGAGUGCAUGAACGAGGUGACGCGCUUCCUGUCGACGUGCGAGGGGGUGAACACGGAGGUGAGGACGCGGCUCCUGGGUCACCUGGCCAACUGCAUGACCCAGAUCAACGCCAUGAACUACCCGAGUCAGCACCAGCUGCCCCCCGCCGGGCCGCCGCCGCCGCACCCGUCCUUCAGCCAGUCCAUGGUGCAGAUGCCCAACUCCUCUCCGCAGGCCGGCGUCAUGCCCUGCAAAGGCGCGCCCCCGGCCGCCUUACCGUCGGACGCCACCAAGGUGUACGGGGGCUUCCAGAUCGUGCCCGCCACGGACGGACAGUUCGCCUUCCUCAUCCCCAACGCGGCGUUCGCGCCCAACGGCCCCGUCAUCCCCGUGUACGCCAACAGCGUCGGCACGCCGGCGUCCCCCGGCGCGCCGUCAGCCACCACGGACUCCGUGUGGAGACCCUGGUGAGGACCCUCCCCCCCCCCUCCCCGGCGAAGGAAGGGACCGACGUGCGCACCGGCGCGCCGUCAGCCACCAUGGACUCGGUGUGGAGACCCUGGUGAGGACCCCCACCCCCCUCCCCCACCCGGCGAAGGAAGGGACCGACGUGCGCACCGGCGCGCCGUCAGCCACCAUGGACUCGGUGUGGAGACCCUGGUGAGGACCCCCACCCCCCUCCCCCACCCGGCGAAGGAAGGGACCGACGUGCGCACCGGCGCGCCGUCAGCCACCAUGGACUCGGUGUGGAGACCCUGGUGAGGACCCUCCCCCCCCCGGCCGGCGAAGGAAGGGACCGACGUGCGCACCGGCGCGCGCCUGGUGCGGUGUGGGCUUGGAUUUGGUCUUUUUCCUAAAGUGAAAUGUGUAAAAGCGAGACUAGAGAGGGGAUGCACUAUAUUUGUAUAGCUGAAAAGGGAGUAAGUUCAUAUUGAAAUGAGAUUUGUAUUGUGAAAAGUCUGUUCACUGCGGUUUUCUUUUUAUAUUUGAGGUGUCUUUUAUAUGGUGUGAUGCCAAAGAUAUGUUGAAAUGCUCUUAUCCUGAUCUUCGUUUUGGAAGAAAAAAAUAAAUUUUGUAAAGAUCUGAA